CACGGCAGAUGCGUCGGAAGCGUCCUGUGCGCGGUGCUGUUCGUGAUCUGGGCCGGGACUUCAGCACAGCAAACAACUAUCGGUGGUACUAGCGUUCAGACCUGCACGACAGUCAACGGGUAUGCUGGCCAGUGCCUUCCACAGUCGGAAUGCGAUGAAGAAGCGCAGAUAGAUCUUCGCACCUCAGGUUCCUGUUCCAAGGGUUAUCACUGUUGUGCAACGAACACCAUUCCAGAGGCACCAACAAAACCUCCUGCCCGGAUGUUGGAGUGCGAUGAAGGAAGAGGAUACUGUGUUCUCAAGAGCGACUGUCAGGUUCGCGUUUUCCGAUUACGUAUCAACGCCUGCGCAACGUAUAAAGAGGUGUGCUGCCCGAAGGAGUCCACCACUGUUGAGCAGAUCGGAAUGACGAAUGACAUAUUGCCAGCAGCAACACCAACACCAUUCGCCACCACAGGGAAACCGUUGGAAGAAAUCCCUUCGACUUCUGAGCCCGAACUUCCAACCACGGUUAUCAGCGAUCUGGAUGAUAUCAUAGAUCAAAACGGAAACCGAACGGAAGGUCAAGAAUACGAUACUCAAUCAUUCCAAACGCCUGAUGGUGGAAUCUUGUCACCAUCGUCGCCUGUAUCGCCAACAACAAUGGACACAACACCUUCGCCGGAUGCUGGGAGUAACAAUAUGCUAGUGCUUAAACCGAGCAUAUCUAGCGCGUUGUUCAGCUACACCGAGUGUGGACAACGGACCGCCAAUGGUAUCGCUGAGCGACCGCUGAACGUACUAGACCGCACCGAGUACGGAGAGAUACCGUGGAUGGUGGCCAUUUUUGCUAUGCCUCAAAAACGCUACUGCUGCAACGGUGCCCUCAUCAGCGAACGGGCCGUUCUGACGACAGCUUACUGCAUUGUCCUCUGCGAUCGUGCGAAGGAUCAACUGCGAGUGCGACUUGGCGAGUGGGAUCUGAACGCAAGCAUCGAACCGCUGGCUCCGGUGGACUACGGAGUGCAACGGGUGCACAAACACGCCGACUUUCGAUUUAACUCGAUGAUCAACAACAUAGCGAUACUGGAGCUCACCGCCCACGUUACCUACGGUCCAACCAUUCAACCCGUGUGCUUGCCAUUGGCCGAAUAUUCUGUGCGUAAUACGGAAAACAUCCUGGUCACCGGGUGGGGCGCUACGGUGCAACCGGUGGAGGCUCAAUCGGCGGGAUCGAACAUCCUCAAGACGGUCCUAUUGCAUUCCAUCAAUCGGGCCACUUGUCAGAAGGAUCUACGAAACCGGCACCAGCCUGUAAACUACCGGCUCGACGAAAGCUUCGUGUGUGCCAGUACCCAGCUUGACGAGCGACCCUGUAGCGGUGAUGCAGGAGCACCGGCGGUGAUUGAAGUUCCCCGUUCCGACGAUCGCUACUAUAUUCACGGUUUGGUAUCGUGGGGCUACGGGUGCUACCAGAACAAUACCGUACACACCGUCCUCACCAAUGUUGCUCACUUCCGGAAUUGGAUUGAUAAAACUUUGAAAAAAAUUAAAUAACCACCUAGAUGAGCUUGACUUUCUAGUCUCAAUGUAUUCGCAACGAAUAAAAGCAAAGAA